AGUUAUAAAGUAUUCUUCGUUAGAAUUACAACAAGUAUGAACCUCUUUUAUAACAACUAUGCUCAUGUUAAUAUCCAACACGUAUAUGACAUACAAUAUAUGUAUAUAAGAAAAAUAAUAAAUAAAUAAAAUACAAGUAAUUAAAAAAAAAUCUUUCUUUCAAAAUAAAAAAAUUGUACAAACCAAAGGUUAAUCAUCAACUAAACUCUCAACAAUGUUAAUUGCACUUAAGCUAAAUAGUUUGACUUUUGACUAGUAUGUUUAAUUAUUCUGCUUCUUCAACUCUACUUUCCCUUCAAUCUCACCGGAGAGAGAAGCGCAAGGAAGAAAGAGGAGAAUCAGAAUGUAUAGAAUCGUCAGUAAAUUAUCAACAGCAGUAUUACAGAGAGAUAAACAAACUUCAUCUUUUUUCUGGCGUUCUUUCUCUCAUUCUUCUUCUUCUGGGAAUCCGUUUGGCAUUGCUUUUGAUAUUGAUGGUGUCCUUCUUCGGGGUAAUUCCACCAUUGGUGGCUCCCCUCAAGCUCUUAGUAAGCUUUAUCAUCCCCGAGAUUCCUUGAAGGUCCCCUAUGUCUUUUUAACUAACGGGGGUGGAGUUCGUGAAUCCAAGAGGGCUAUUGAGUUGAGUAAACUCUUUGGUGUAGAAGUUUCAUCUUCACAAGUUUUGCAUGGACAUUCGCCGUUCAAACAACUGGCACACAGGUUUGAGAAUGAUUUUGUUGUUGCUGUUGGCAAAGGUGAACCUGCUGCAGUGCUGUCUGAAUAUGGAUUCAAGAAUGUUAUUUCUAUAGAUGACUAUGCAUUGUGCUUCGACAACAUUGAUCCUUUGGCACCUCAUAAAAAAUGGACACUGAAUAGUUCAGAACAGAGCAAAGGUUUCCCUUCAGCGGAGCUAAAGGAAUAUGUUUGCUCUCAGAGGGUCCAAGCAGUAUUUGUCGUGAGUGACUCUGUUGAUUGGAGCAGGGACGUUCAGGUUCUCUGUGACAUAUUGAGAACUGGAGGCCUUCCUGGAGAAGAAAUUGGAACUCAACCUCCUCUAUACUUUGCUCAUGAUGAUCUGAAAUACCAAGGUGCAUUCCCCACUGAACGAUUUGGGAUGGGUGCCUUUAGGAUUUCAUUGCAAUCUGUCUUCAACAGUAUUCACCCUCAUCCUUUGCAAUAUUCGGCUGUUGGUAAGCCAAAUCCACUUGCUUUCAAAAAUGCCGAAAAUACUCUUCAGCAACUUCAUAACCAACUGACUGCCAAUCAAGACCUUGGUGGCAUUAGUCCUUUUGAAACCCUAUACAUGAUUGGAGACAACCCUUCAGUUGACAUUAAAGGUGCACAACAGGCAGGACGUCCUUGGUUCUCUAUUUUAACUAGGACUGGAGUUUUUAGAGGAAAAGAAAAUGAUCCUGAAUGUCCGGCAGAUAUGGUUGUUGACACUGUGGAAGAUGCUGUGAACUAUAUAUUGGACAAGGAAAACGUUAGCUGAAAAUUGGUUGGCGGCAUAUAUAUUUGAAGUUUUGUGUUGGAUUGAGCUACAAUUGUCAUUCUACCGUAUAAGAUUCAUUGGGAAGAUGCUCCAGUUAUCUUCAAUGAUAAACUUCGAUCAUCUCUUUAAUUUUUGAUUCAUUCUGCUGCUGUUGUGUAUAGGCCAGAAUACAUUUUCAAAACAGUUUAAAGUAACAAUUUUUUGAUAAAAUCACAUGUUUGUAAUUAUUACUCCAUAGUUGUUUAUAUUUCCACAACUCGCAGACUAACAGUCUCCACUGAAGCCUGAAGAUGAAAUUAUUGGUGCUACAUAGCAAUUUGCAAGGCAUGAUAAACCGAUCUCUGGAUCUGGACACCAAUGGCAGGGUUUUCUUUAAUAAGAGGGGGGCAAUGUAAAAAAAAAAAUAUAAAAAAAAUCACCCAAAUUGGAAAAUCUUUCCUGGAGAGCAGGCAAAAUGAUCUACUGAUGCUGCACGCAUACUAGUAUUUGCUUCAUGCACAACAAUAGUUGUCUGCAUUUUUGGGCAAAAAUUGUGUUCCGG